CAACUAAUCAAAUUUCCUCUCUCUCUCUCACACACACACACACACUGCCGUCUUCUUCCUAGCUCCUCCUACUGUACCCUGGUCAAAGAAAAGUAAAGCCACCACCUUUUUCUUUUCUUUGUAGCCAAUCAAAGCAAGCUAGCCUCCCAAAUUCACUAACCUUUUUAUCCCUUAGCUUUUUGGGUAUUUAGAUAUUUAUUUUCUAUCUAUUUCAUAUCAUUCACACUUCUGUGUAAUAAUUUUGUGCUGCAAAUUUCUUUCCAUUAUUUUGCUGAUUUAAGUAAUCUUAGAGAAUAUAUAUAUAUAUAUAUAUUAUGGGGGAAAUGUUUGAGUGGUGGGGGGAGUGUUGUGAUUGUGCAUCAGAAUUUCUGGAGGAACAACAAUAUCCUUUCUCUCUGCCUUCACCACUUCCACAGUGGCCAAAAGGUCAAGAUUUUGGUACUGGCAAAAUAUGUCUUGGAGAAUUGGAAGUUGUUCAAAUCACUACAUUCGAAAAAAUAUGGAGUUGCACCCCAUUACUCGGUAAAUCCAACGGUGUCACAUUUUACAAACCCGUAAAAAUUCCAAACGGAUAUUUCACUCUUGGCCACCAUUGUCAGCCAACCAAUCGAAAAUCGAGUGGCUAUCUUCUCGUUGCCAAAAGCAUAUCCACCGUAGAUUCCUCAUCAAAUUCCCCACCUCUCCAAAAGCCUCUAAGCUACACUCUAAUCUUUAGCUCAAAAUCUCGUAAAAAUGGAAGUGGUUAUAUUUGGCUCCCGAAUCCACCGACAGGUUAUAAAUCAGCGGGAUUUAUUGUUUCCAACGAGCCAAACGAGCCUGAUCUUGAAGAAGUAAGAUGUGUUCGUUCCAAUCUUACAGAGAGUUGUGAAGUUGAUGAAAUCAUAUUUGAUAGAAACUCUCUCUUCUCAAAGAGUCGAUUUUACGUUUGGAAUACGAGGCCAUGCGAACGAGGUAUGCUUUGCAAAGGUGUUCCUAUUGGUACAUUCUUUUGCAGUAGAGACAAGAGUGAUGAAGACAGCAGCCUAAGUAUUGCUUGUCUGAAAAACGUCGAUUCUUCGUAUGCUGCAAUGCCGAAUGUAGACCAGAUUCAUGCGCUCGUUCAGCACUACGGGCCCACGAUUUACUUCCACCCCGACGAAGCUUACUUCCCUUCUUCGGUUUCUUGGUUCUUCAAAAAUGGAGCUCUUUUGUACAAAGAAGAGGAUGGGGAUAAUAAUAAUAACAAUAAUGGAUUAGCUAUCGAUUCUAACGGGUCUAAUUUACCAUGUGGAGGAAAAAACGAUGGAGAAUUCUGGCUCGAUUUGCCUAAAGAAGACGAGAAAAGAGACUACGUAAAACGUGGUAAUAUCGAAACUGCAGAGGUUUAUGUACAUGUAAAACCGUCUUCGGGUGGAACUUUCACCGAUAUUUCCAUGUGGAUAUUCUGCCCAUUUAAUGGUCCAUCCACAAUUAAAGCUGGACCGUUGGAUUACGCUUUCGACAAAAUAGGUCAACAUGUUGGAGAUUGGGAGCAUUACACUCUCCGUUUGAGCAACUUCAACGGAGAGCUUUUCUGCGUGUAUUUUUCCGAGCACAGUGGCGGUGAAUGGGUGGAUGCAUCGGAGUUGGAGUUUAUUAAUGGAAAUAAGUUCAUUGUUUACGCAUCGAAAAGCGGGCAUGCGAGUUUUCCUCACGAGGGUUGCUAUAUACAGGGCUCGGAGAAACUUGGGAUUGGAGCGAGAAAUGAUUGUGCUAAGAGCGAAUACUCGGUAGAUUCUUCUAGAAAGUAUUGUGUGGUGGCUGCUGAGUAUAUUGGAGAUGGAAUAACGGAGCCUCGUUGGUUGCAGUACAUGAGAGAAUGGGGCCCCACGGUUGUUUAUAAAUCGGGAUCGGAGAUUGAUAAGAUAAUGAAAAACCUUCCGUUUUUUAUAAGGUUUUCGUUGGAGAAUCUUGUGGAGUUGUUUCCUACGGAGAUUUAUGGAGAGGAAGGUCCGACGGGGCCCAAGGAGAAGGAUAAUUGGUUGGGAGACGAACGGUGUUAGAAUGCUGUUAUAUAUAUAUACAUAUAAAAUGUGCUUGUAACAUAUAUUAUUGUAGAAGAUGGUAAAAACUAGUAUUGCAUGCUUUGGCAUUGUGUGUAAAAUGAGUGAUCAAGAUCUUUGUAUGUAUUUGCCACUAUUGGAUCAUGUAUAGUAAUGUAUUACCCA